AUGCCAUCAACCAAUCUCUGCCAAGACGAGGCAUGCCCUCCAUACAGUCUUAUGGACGAUUAUAGCGAGGGCGCUCACCCACAGAUUCUGGAAGCUCUUUUACGCACAAAUUCCACCCAACAAGUUUCGUACGGUGGCGACGACUACAGCAAUUCCGCCAGGCAAUUGAUUCGCGAGAAAAUCAAUUGCACGGAAGAUGAGGCCGAUAUCUUCUUUGUGCCUAGUGGCACAUCAGCAAACCUGAUCUCAAUCGCUAGCUGUCUCCGGCCAUAUGAGGCCGUGAUUACUCUUGAAACGGGUCAUAUCGCCUGCAAAGAAGCCGGUGCCAUCGAGGCCACGGGACACAAGCUUAUUCUUGUCCCACCGGUCGAUGGCAAGAUAACAACGACCAAUCUGCAAAAAGCCAUUCAGCAAAAUCAGUUCUUUCCGCAUAUGGCGAAGCCGAAACUCCUUUAUAUCUCUAAUGCUUCGGAGACGGGAACAAUCUACACGAAGCGGGAAUUGAGCAGUUUGUCUGCGCUGUGCAAGCAAUUGAAUCUUCUGCUCCUAGUGGAUGGAGCUCGAAUCGGAACGGCACUGUGCUCGAAAAAGAACGAUAUGACACUCCGCGAUAUCUUUGACUACUCCGAUAUUUUCUGGAUUGGUGGCACGAAAGCUGGUGCCCUAAUGGGAGAAGCUAUUGUCGUUAAGAAGGAGCUAGCAGAGGGCUUCGUUUUCCACCUCAAGCAACACGGCGCUUUGCUGGCGAAGGGCCGUAUCAUGGGUGUUCAAUUUGUGGAGCUGUUCCGUGAUGAUUUGUUUUUCACAUUGGCUGGACAUGCGAAUGCAAUGGCCGAGAAGAUUUCGGCGAAUUUCGAGAAUCUGGGACAUGAGCUCGCUGCGGAAACUGCGACAAACCAGGUAUUUGUUACUCUUCCCCAGAAUCUGGUUCGAAGGCUGCAGGAUAGAUUCCGCUUCUAUAUUUGGGAGCAGCUUGAUGAUGGGCGGGUUAUGAUCCGCCUGGUGACGUCUUGGGCUACGGAUGAGUUGCAGGUUGAUAAGUUUAAUGCAUGGGUGGCGCAGUGGACCGCGGCGUCCAAAGACUUUGAUUAG